AUCGAGCGACUUGCGCCCGCGAGCUGGACGACUGAAAGGCUGGUCGCUGGUGUUUUGCGUAGGUUGUUAUGCUCGUGGGGUUAAUGUGUUUUUUUUAGAUCAUUGACCCCUAUUAUUAUAUUACCUCGUUCUCGUUUUUUCCCUCUAGUUUUUUUUUUUAUUAUUAUCAUUAUUAUUCCAUUUGUGCACAUUAUACCCGUGUCACUUCGAGACAAUGACAAGUGCGAAAUAAACCGUCUGGGUUAGUGGGUUGCGCCAUUAUUCCGGAUUUCGAACUGCGUUGCGCAUUAAACAAUCAUUAUCGUUCUCAAAGACAGGACAUUUUUUAGGUUCAAAUAUUUUUCAUUUUCUGGCCGUCUACUGAACUGCCUACCACUGGCACAUCGUUGUUGUUGACUAAGUCGACAGCAAAAUGGAAUCUAACUGUUGACAGCUUGCACAAUACUGUGUUAGUGUUUUUAUUGAUAAAGCAUGAUAUCUGUUGGGACAAGUUCAAAAAUGGCCAAUAACAGGACUAAUGCUGCCACCUCUUCUACCUCCUCUGACGCUGAUUCAGAAGAGAUAGCUGAACAAAUUUUACGGAAAAAAACUAUUAUAUCACCAGAAGAUGUAUUGACUUUGCCUAAAAUAACAGAAGGGUAUUUAUGCACUCCAGAUGCAAAUGUAUAUAAUAUAGACUUUAUACGUUUUAAAAUACGUGAUCUUGAUACAGGCAUGGUUUUGUUUGAAAUUGCCAAACCUUCUGUAGUACUUGAAGACAAUCAAACUGAAGGAAAAGUAGAGGAGACAGAUCUUAAUAGUGGCCGAUUUGUACGCUAUCAAUUUACACCAAAGUUUCUUAAACUGAAAUUGGUUGGAGCAACUGUGGAGUUUACGGUGGGAAGUAAGCCAGUUAACAAGUUUCGCAUGAUUGAACGUCAUUAUUUCCGUAACAAAUUAUUAAAGACAUUUGACUUUGAAUUUGGUUUUUGCAUACCGCACAGCAAAAAUACAUGUGAACACAUAUACAAGUUUCCAAAUUUGGAUCCUGAAUCGAUUAAGGAAAUGAUUCAAAAUCCAUUUGAGACUAAAUCGGACAGUUUCUAUUUUGUUGAAGAUCGGCUCAUAAUGCACAACAAAGCUGAAUACGCAUACAAUGGCGGAGUUUAGUUGAACCAAGACAACCUAUUUUAUGUUUGUUGAACAUAAUUAACAUUUCACGAUUUUUUUCUUAAAAUUCAUUUUAACAUGAUUUUAUAUCACAUUGUGUGGUCACAUUUGUCACAUUUUUUGAAGUGGAGUUGCACCGUAUACUCCAGCAAGUUCUAAUUUUUUUUUUAAAUCUGUUUGAACUCAAAUAUCACAGUGUUCUAUGAGUAUAAGACCUAGUAUUAUACAUUAUUUAUUAUUAUUGUUUAAAAUACUAGAAAUGUUAAUUGUUAUGAAUUUCAUUAUAAUUCAUUAAAAUCAAUCACAAUUAUAUUUUAUUUCUGUGAUAAAAAAAAAAAAGAGUUUCACUAUUAAUAAAUAUAUAUUAAAUAUUUAAGGAAAUAAAACAUUUUUACAAUUUAUUCAAA